CCUUCCAAUUAUUUACACGUGGACGUCCAUGAUCACAAUUUUCCCUCCAUUUGCAAUAAUGUCGGUUAAUCAUCUCUCUUUUUAUAUAUAUACACAUUUCUCUGUGUAACUUCAAUAAAUUUUCAUUUCAUAAACGAAACAGAGCAGAGAGAACACUCAAAAAGCUGAAGUUUCUGUUUCUAUAUUGAUACAUAACAUAUGGUGUCUGUAUAUCCAACAAUACCGCCGGGUCAAAAUUUUCACUACAUGGGGGAUCCGAUGAAAACGGGUCUUAUGGGUUUGCAUCCGGUACAAUCGGGUACUAGUAUACAUGGGAAUUUGAAUUUGGAUUCGAAUACAGGUUUGGGAGUGGUGGUGUCCGAUGAUCACAGCAAGAAGACACGGAAGCCCUAUACGAUUACUAAGUCUAGAGAGAGCUGGACUGAGCAGGAGCAUGACAAGUUUCUUGAAGCUCUUCAAUUGUUCGACCGUGAUUGGAAAAAGAUUGAAGCAUUUGUUGGGUCGAAGACUGUUAUCCAGAUACGUAGCCAUGCACAGAAAUACUUUCUGAAGGUCCAGAAGAGUGGAACUAGUGAACAUGUACCUCCCCCACGCCCAAAGAGAAAAGCUGCUCAUCCUUAUCCACAAAAAGCUCCUAAAAAGGUUAUGUCCCAAGUUGGCAGCAUCCAAUUUCAACCUCCUGGUGCUUUGCCUGAACCAGGAUUUGGUAUCGGACCCGAUCCUUUAUCAGUAUCUGGAAAUACAAUUAAUUUUUCUCCCUGGACUUACGACUGUGUGCCUGCCAUCAGCACGACACAGAUGAGAAAAGAUGACGCACAAUUAUCCAGUGGAGGAGUCAUGCAAAAUUGUUUCAGCAGCAGUAAUGAAAACAUCCCUAGGAUUAAUAAGACUAAAGAGAGCAAUGACCAAAAGGAGAGCCAGAAGCAAAUGAAAGUUAUGCCAGACUUUGCUCAAGUUUACAGCUUCAUUGGCAGUGUCUUUGAUCCAAGUACGAGGGACCACUUACAGAGAUUAAGAAAGAUGGACCCCAUUGAUAUUCAGACGGCACUGAUGUUGAUGAAGAAUCUAUCCUUCAAUUUAUCGAGCCCUGAAUUUGAGGAUCAUAGGAGGUUGCUUUCAUCAUACGGCUUGGGUGCUGCAAAAGAUAAAAUGGACCUUCCUAUAAAAACUGAUUUCAGAGGUAACGCAAUCCAAGCUGUCUAAGAAGCUGGAGAAAGGUUCAGAUGAUUCGUGGUCAUUGCAUAUGAUUGGUGGAGACAAUGGUACGAAGAGAACCGUGUAAUGAAAAGAUGUGCAACUAGUAUGUUCAUAUGCUUCAAACUUGCAAGUUGCUCGUAUGUUGCCAUCUCCAUCCUGUAUAUAUCUAGCUGGGGGAACAAUGCCGGAGUAGUGAAUGUUUUGAGAGGUUGUAUGUACUUGUGGAGAGUAGAUUAUAUAUGGCUUGAGCUGUAUUAUAGGUAGAUUAUGUGGUGCUUGUGUACGUUGUAUGUUGUGGAGGGCUAGCUGUGCCCCUCAUUGGUUUUGUCCUACAAACGCCCAAUGAAUCAAACUUUGUAGCAGUGUAUUUGGCAUUGCUUGUUUGAGAUGUUGAGAAGAA